GUGCUUGUAGGUUAUGGUCAUUUGAGACUUCUCCAUCGGGAAUUGCCUGGUAUUGCCGAGUGUCUGCUAGUGCUGGGGUUUGCUGCCUACCCUCUUGCCAUGUCUAACGAAGUAGAAUCAAGUACAACCAAUGGUCAGCCUGACCAACAAGCUGCACCCAAAGUCCUAUCCAAGAAGGAGAAGAAGAAAGGCCCUGGAAAGACUGAUGAGUACCUCUUGGCCAGGUUCAAGGGUGAUGGUGUAAAAUACAAAGCGAAGCUAAUUGGUAUUGAUGAGGUGCCAGAUGCAAGAGGGGAUAAAAUGAGCCAAGACUCUAUGAUGAAACUCAAGGGAAUGGCUGCAGCUGGUCGCUCUCAGGGACAACACAAGCAAAGGAUCUGGGUCAACAUUUCACUUUCUGGGAUAAAAAUAAUCGACGAGAAAACUGGGGUAAUAGAGCAUGAGCACCCAGUGAAUAAAAUUUCUUUCAUCGCCCGCGAUGUGACAGACAACCGGGCAUUCGGUUACGUCUGUGGAGGAGAAGGCCAGCACCAGUUUUUUGCCAUAAAAACAGGACAACAGGCCGAACCACUAGUGAUUGAUCUUAAGGACCUUUUUCAAGUUAUCUAUAAUGUAAAGAAAAAGGAAGAAGAAAAGAAAAAGACUGAAGAAGCCAACAAAGCAGUAGAGAAUGGGAGUGAGGCACUGUUGACUCUUGACGAUCAAGCUACCAAACUGAAAUUGGGAGUUGACCAGAUGGAUUUGUUUGGGGACAUGUCUACACCACCCGACCUAAAUAGCCCAACAGAAAGCAAAGAUAUCCUGUUAGUGGAUCUAAACUCAGAAAUCGACACCAAUCAGAAUUCUCUAAGAGAAAAUCCAUUCUUAACCAAUGGCACCACCUCCUGCUCUCUUCCACGACCAAAGCCUCAGGCAUCCUUCUUGCCUGACAAUGCCUUUUCUGCCAAUCUCAACUUCUUUCCCACCCCCAACCCCGAUCCUUUCCGGGAUGACCCUUUCACUCAGCCUGACCAAUCAGCACCCUCUUCGUUUGAUUCUCUCAAAUCUCCAGAUCCGAAGAACGAGAACUUGAGUAGCCUCUCUCCUCUACAAAGGAAUGGGCCCUUGAAUGGUGAUGUUGAUUACUUUGGCCAGCAAUUUGACCAAAUCUCUAACCGGACUGGCAAACAGGAGGCUCAGGCAGGCCAGUGGCCCCUUCCAAGCACACAGCCCCAGCCAGCAGUGAGAACUCAAAAUGGGGUAUCUGAAAGAGAACAGAACGGUCUCCAUAUCAAAUCCUCCCCGAACCCUUUUGUGGGAAGCCCUUCCAAAGGACUGUCAGUACCGAAUGGCCUAAAGCAGGACUUGGAUAGCCCUGUCCAGUCCUCACCACAUGACUCCAUAGCCAUUAUCCCACCUCCACAAAGUACCAAACCAGGAAGAGGCAGAAGGACUACUAAGUCUUCAGCGAAUGACUUGCUGGCAUCAGACCCCUUUGAUCCUCCUGCCUCAGAAUCUCCAGGACAGACGUCGCCUACAGGCCAACCUGCAGCCCCUCAGGCCAACCCUCUGGAUCUCUUCAAGACAAGUGUCACUGUCCCCAUGGGGCCCCUCGCAGGUCUAGGUGGUAUGCCAGUCACCCUCCCUCAGGCGGGACCAUGGUCCCCACCAUCGUUAGUCUUCAAUCAGCCUACUGCAAUGGCCCCAGCAACCAUGAUGAGUGGCCAGCUUGCAGGAUUUGGCCAGCCACUGGUUUUUGGCACGAGCCCAUCUGUUGGAGGUUGGAAUCAGCCUUCAUCCUUCACAGGCUCAGCUCCACCUCCUGGCACAACCGUUUGGAGCUCUUCAGCCUCUGCGGCACCCAACACUUGGCCGUCAACAGCUUCUCUGGGGAAUCCUUUCCAGAGCAAUAUUUUCCCAGCUCCGGCUGGGUCAGCCCAGGUCCCCUCCAUGCUCCCCUCUCUCCUGGUCACCCCUCCUCAGCCACCUCCCAGAACUGCCGGUCCCGUGGACAUCUCCAAUGAUGCCUUCACUGCUUUAGACCCACUUGCAGAUAAAGAAGUGAAGGAGGUGAAAGAAAUGUUUAAGGACUUGCAACUGAAACAGCCACCUGCAGUGCCCGCAAGGAAGGGAGAGCAGACAUCCUCAGGGGCGUCCAGUGCCUUCUCCAAUUAUUUCAACAGCAGAGUGGGCAUUCCUCAGGAGAAUGCGGAGCAGGACGACCUUGAUGCGAACCAACUGUUGAGUAAGAUCAAUGAGCCCCCAAAGCCAGUUCCCAGACAAGGAGCCCGGCCAGUCACCCAAUCUGCUGACAAUGCCUUUGAGAACCCUUUCGCUAAAGACCCUUUCAAUGCAUCGCCACAAGUCCCUCUGCCCCCUCCUCAGUCUGCAGCUCCUGAUGUAUAUAGAGCUUCUUUUGCAAACCCGUUUGCAUAAUUUCUGAACUUGAUAUGCUGACUCUUCCAGAGGAACAAAAAGGUUGACCUGCGUUAUCCAGGACAUAGCUGAUAGCCAGACGUGUCCUGACCUUUGACCUUAUUCCAGCUUUGACAUAUUAUCUGAUGCCUUGUAUCAUGCUGCUGCUUGCCUUUGUAAAACGCUUUUCAUUUUCUGUCUAGGUUAAAGCUAAACUGAGCUAAUGGCUUUAAAUAAGUUAAGAACCUAAAUUCUCUAGCUGACAUGUAAAUGAAGUAGUGUCCCUACUGGAACCUUUGCCUGUUGUAUCCCUAGAACCUUCUAGCAUACUCUAUUAACUCCUCUUUGGUUGGGAGAUGCAGCCACCACAAAUUCCUCAGAUUAUACUGUUUUGAAUAAAUUUUCAAAUCUGCACCAUUACAAAUUGUUUGGAGUUCUGUUUUAGGGUACAAACCCUAAAGAUGUUUCAGGGGAGGGGGCAGGAGGGGGAACAAGGCACCUUCCUAAAAAGAAAUCUUGCUUCUGGCCAGUUUUCAAAAGUAAAAUUGGAAUCAGUCUACCUUCUCUUUUGGCAUCUUGAGAUUGAACAUAUCUAAAGACCUUUUGAAAGAGGUGGCUUCCAGUAUUUCUGAAGCUUGAUCUCCUCCUACGGGCAAAACGCUCUUUUGUCCAGUGUUGGUUGGCUAUUGCAAGGGCGGAGAAGAAAGCACUGUGUAUGCAUUUCUUUCUCCUUUUCCUUCUGCUGGUCUUUUCAGUCAAUUUUGCCCCUGGUUUAUAUAGCAUUACCUCCCUUCCACCUGCAACAGGAAGAAAUGGUGGAAAGUGCUAAUGAUUCCCAGCGCUGGGGCAGUUCUGCCAUCCCAAUAAUGAGAAUUGCACAUGGGCCCAACCUUCCAUCUUCCUAUGGAAUAAGUGGUCACUCUGUUGGGUUGCAGGCUCAGAAAAGCAGUCAAUGUUGAAGAGAGGUGAAGUCAACUCAGCGGUGAAGGACUAUUUGAAAGAGCACGCUUCACAGAGCUAGAGAGGAUCAUGCCAAACACAUCAGGUGCUAGGUCUAAUUUAUCCAGUAACUGGAAAACUUUCUCGAAGUCUCAGAUCUUAUAAUUAACAGGAAGAUUAAGUGAGGGAACGCUGUAAAACGUAUUUACUAUUAUUAUUUAAACUCUGAUGUCGACCAAAUUGAGUGGGGGGGAGGGCUGCUAGCAUAGUGCUGAAGGCUCUGUACUUGCCAAAAUGAGUUUUGUUUGUUGGUGGUGUUUUUAAUGUUAGUGGAAGGGGGUUGGUUUGUUUUUGUUAAUGUUGUCCCUUGACCCUUAAUGCUCAGGUCCUUGUGGGUGUUCUUCAGCCACAUGCAAUGUUACAUUUAGAUGGAAGAAGGGGAAGACUGCUCAGGGUCUGAAAAAGAUGCGGGCUCCUGGACGUCUAUUGAUCAGCCCUCAGUAGUCCACGCUAAAGUGCUGCGGUUAUUUGAGUAAUGGUAACAACUGAUCAUGUAUGGUUUCAUUUUCCAUCUUGCUUCCUACUCAGUCAUCAUAAGCACCUACUUGAAAUAGUAUGUCAAAUGUCCAAAUAGUUAAAAUGUGCUAAACUAGAGGCAACGAUGUCAGGCCAUUGAAUUUUUGAAAGCAGGUGAAAUUUUGAAAGUGAUAUUCAGCUGUACAACUGUUAUGUACAUGCUUAUUUUCUCUGGUGCACUUUUCUGUAUGCAAGUAAAGCUAUACAUUUACUCAUUUCAAUAAACUGGAAUGGCAGA